UAUCUACUCGUUUUUUCACAGUUGAAGCGAGCAGUGGAUAUGGCGAGCACGAGUGUGAGUGUAAACAUCAUACGGCCUUUGGCUUCUCCUGGCCUUCAAAUCCCACCACCACCUCAGUGGCGGCGACCACACCGCCUCGGCCUUCGUUGCUUGUCCUGUGCAAUUUCUAUUGACAAAACCUUGGCGGAGAUUGAGAAUUCUGGUGUCAUCGCCUGCCUUCGCGCCAACAGUGCAGAACUGGCAAUUGAAGCUGCUAGUGCUGCAUUUCUUGGUGGAAUUUCAGUUCUGGAGAUUGUGAUGUCGACCCCAGGUGUCUUUGAGGUUCUACAGCAGCUAGUACUUGACCAUCCUACAAGAUUCCUGGGGGUAGGAACUGUACUAAAUGUUGACGAUGCCAAAAGGGCAAUGCUAGCAGGAGCUAACUUCCUUAUGAGUCCUGCUAUGGUGAAGGAUAUUGUGGAUGAUUUAAGGUAUAGUGAAGUUUUAUACAUACCUGGUGUUAUGACCCCAACAGAGAUAUUGUCUGCAUAUAACACUGGUGCCAAGAUUGUCAAGGUAUAUCCUGUUUCUGCAUUAGGUGGCACACAAUACAUAUCAGCCAUUAAAAAGCCUUUUCCUCACAUCUCAAUGGUUGCUUCUCAAGGCAUAAAGAUAGAUGCAGUUGGGGAGUAUAUUGCUGAGGGAGCAUCAUCAGUUGUUUUAUCAGAUGCCAUAUUUGAUAAAGAGGCCAUGGAUCGAAAAAAUUUCAACAGAAUAUAUCAACUUGCGAAGGCCGCAGCUUUGCAUGGAAAAGAAGCUGUAGACCGGAAGAAAAAGCUCAUGCUUAAGCGUUCGCAGUUGGUGUUCUAAACAGCUUAUUCCACAACAAACGAAGCGUGAAAAAUGUUUUGACUAUGCUGCACAUGUACUAGCAUACUGGUAAAGUCAGUCUGCCGGGAAACUGAAAAGAGUUGAGAUCAAAGGCAGGCAUGUUCCAUUUGUAUAGCUUAGAGGAAGAAGAAAGUGAGCCCCGUGCAAUCCCUUAUUUGGAUGAACAGUUUGUUGUUGAAAUGCUUUAAAGUUUAAAGUUUCAAACCAGGAAUGAGAAACCAGUACUUGGCCACCUCAGAAUCAUUUGACAAGGAAGAAAAUUGAAAGUAAGUUUGUUUCGACGGUCUAGUAAUUUACAAGUCUUGGUGCAUUCGAGGCAGGCUUAGAAUCGCAUGGUAUCACCAGUACACAAAAUGAGGUAUAGGAGUAUGGUUCCUAGUUCUAUAAAAGAGAAUUUUGUUGUUCCGGAAAUUUGAUCAAGGCCAUUCAUAACUGUUUGAUUAAAGUUUGACGGGGAAACUGCCGUAGACUGUACAGAAGUUGGUUCGAAGGAUUUGUUAGUAAUUUAAAAGAGAAGUGAUUUUCACA